AUGGGUACAAAUAUUAAAAAAAAUAAAGUUUUGUAUUUUCUAAAUAAUGAGAUAAAUAAUGAUGAUGAUGAUGAUUAUAAUGAAAUAAAUCAAGAAUUUUUUUUUAAAAAUAAUAUGGAUUGGAGCCAAUUGAAAUCAAUAAAUAGCCAAAAUUGGGAAAAUAAAAAUAGCCAUUUUAAUGAUGACCCAGAAAUCGAUUACACAAUAAUAAAUAGCGAUUAUUAUAAUAAUAACAAUAAUAAUAAUUUAAAUAGUUCAAAAAUGAUUGUGGAAAAAAAGAAAACACAAUUAAAAAAUUAUUUAAAUAAAUUUAAUAAUAAAGCCCCAAAAAAUAGUUUAAAUAAAAGACGAUAUGAAGAUUUAUUAGAAGAAUAUAAAAAAAAAAAAAAAAAAAAUCAUAAUUUAUCAAUUAUUAAUAAUAUAUCUGAUGAUGAUGUUUUUUUAUUUGAAUGUAAUGAACAAUAUAAAAAUAAAUAUGGUUUUGAAUUUUGUGAAAAUUAUAAAAAUACAUAUAUAAAACCCCGUACAUGUUCAAAUACAUCAUCAUUAGAUUCAAAAAUAAAUAUUUUUGGUAAUGGAAAAAUAAUAAAUAAAACCGAUGUAUUUAAAAAUUAUUAUAUUGGAGAUAAUACAGAUACAACAAAUGAUAGCAAUUAUGAUUUUGAUGACAAUAAUAAUAAUAACAAUUUUUUUCAAAAUAUAGAAAUAGACAAUAUAUAUGGUUCUUUUGUUGAAGAUGACAAAAGUUCAUUUAUUUUAACAAAGAAUAUGAAAAAAAAAUUUAAAAAUUUCCUUGAAAAAAAAAAAAAAAAAAGAGAUCGUAAUAAAGAAUCUUUAAUCAAUUUUGACUAUAAUAAAUUAUAUGAUGGAAAUAAAAACCAAAAAGAAAUUGAUGCAAUGUAUUAUAAAAAUGAAUAUCUAUUGAAUGGUACUCAUGAGCACACGGAAGUAAUAAAAGAAGAUGAUGAUGAUGAUAUUUGUGAAGAAGAAGAGGCAGAGGAAGAGGCAGAGGAAGAGGGAAAAAAUAAAAGAAUAAAAAUUGGUAUGAAUAUGUUUGAAAAAAACAAUCAAUUAAGUUAUGACCAAAUUGAAGAUAAUAAUGAUGAACUUAAUAAAGAAAAGGAAACAGAUAAUGAAGCAUCAGAAAAUCAUCAAAAUGAAAUAAAUAAUAUAUCUGUAGGAGAAGAUAUAAAAAUAAGUAAAUUACCAAUUUCUGAAGAAAUCGAUAAAGAAAAUAAAAUCAAUGCAUUUAAUUUAAUAAAAAAUAAUAAAGAAAUAAGAUCAAAUAUUUAUAAAUUAGAAAAAAAUAAUUGUUAUAAUAAUAAAUUAGAAAAAAAUAAUGUAUUUUUUUUGAAAAAUAAUGAUAAAGAAAUGAAAUUUUACACACCAAUACAUAUACUUGAUAAUGCUCAAAUUUUUAAAAUUAAAACUGGUAUAGAAGAAGAGAAUAAUACAUAUAAUCAAAAUAUAUUAGGAAAUAUGAUAGAAAAUAUAAUAAAAGAUAUUUCAAAUGAAGCUGAACAAAAACCAUUUACAGAUAUCGAAACAGAAAAAUCAUUAGAUUCUGUUACCCCAUCUUUGGUUGAACCCACUACGAUUCAUUUUAAUAAUAGUGAAUCUACAGAGAAUGAAAAAAAUUGUGCAUCUAAUCAAAAAGGAGAUGAAAAAGAAAAACAAGGGUCUGAUAAAAAUACAACAAAUAGAAACAACAAUUCGAAUGAAACAGAAACAAAAAAUAAUAAUAAACAAAUAUCGGUUAAUGAUAUUAAAGUAAAAAAAGGAAAUUAUGAAAAUAAUGAUAGUGACAAUGAUAAUGGAAAAGAAGAUAGUGAAGCGGGUGAAAGAGAAGAAAAAGAUUCAGAUGAUGAAGAAAAUGAAGAUGAUAAAGAAAAGGGAAAUGAAAAUAAAAAUAUGAACGAUUCAGAACAUAGUGAAAAAUCAAUUGAUCAAGAUAGUGUAUCUAAUGAUCAUAGUGAUUAUGAAAAAACAGAUAAUAAAAAAAAUUUGAAAAAAAAUGAAAAACAUCCAAAAAAAAGAAAUUUAUUUUAUAAUAAUAUGUCUAAUAAAAUUUCAAAAUUUUUCUUUUUUUCUUCAAAAAAAAAAAGUGAAAGUUAUUCAGAUGAUUAUUCAGAAAAAUCAUCAGUUGUAAGUUAUAGCGAGAAUUCUGAGAAAAGUUAUGAAAAUCAAAAAAAAGAAAACCUAUCGAGCAAUAAAGAUGAUGAUUGCCGAUCUGAGGAAAGAGACACAUCAGAUAAUGCCCAGUCAGAGAAACGUACGAGUUUAAUUGAGGAAGACAAAGUUGAGAAUGACAAAGAUGAGGAAGAAAAAGAUGAGGAAGAAAAAGAUGAGGAAGAAAAAGAUGAGAAAGAAAAAGAUGAGAAAGAAAAAGAUGAGGACGACAAAGUUGAGGAAGACAAAGUUGAGGAAAAUCCAAUUUUGGGGGUAGACGAUGGUGUAGAAAAAGAGGAUCCCAAAAUUGCAGACGCAGAUGCAGACCCAGAUGCAGACCCAGAUGCAGACCCAGAUGCAGACCCAGAUACAGACACAAAUGCAAAUGCGAAUGAAGCUGGUGCAAAUAAUGAAAAUAUGAUUGAGAAAGAAAAUAGUAAAAACAGUAAUAAGAAGGCGAAAAAAACUAAAGAUACAAAAAUAAAAAAGGAAAAUAGUAAUAAUUCUGAUAUAGAAUCUAGAACAUGUAAUAUAUGUAAUGCCGUAUUUGUAAAAAGCAAAUUAAUGCAAAGACAUUUAAAAAGUGUUCAUUCAAAUGAAAGACCAUAUGAAUGUGAUGUUUGUUUUAAGAGAUAUAAAAGACCUGACCAUUUAAAGUUGCAUUUGAUGAAACAUACAUCUAAUAGAAACGAAAAGAAAUUUGAAUGUUCUACAUGUCACUCAGUUUAUUUAACAGUUCGACAAUUAGAUAGUUGUAAAUUAAAACACUUAAAAAAUUCAAAUAAUAAUGAUACUGAUAAUAAUAAGGGUUCUACUACUACUACAUCUGCAAGAAAAACAGCUUCCUCACUAAAGAAGGCCAAUAACACAAAUAAAGAAAAUAAUAUGGUUCAAAAUGUAUCUCAAAAAAAUAAUAACGAAUCAGAAGAAAAAAAGCGAGAUGAACAUGGUAAAGAGAUUGAUAAUGAUGAUGAUGAUGAUGAGAAUAAAAAUCAAGACGACGAAAAUAAAAACCAAGAAGAAAACGAAGAAAACGAAGAAAACGAAGAAAACGAAAAUAACACAAAUAACACAAAUAACACAAAUAACACAAAUGAUAAUACUAUUUUGCCUGAAAUAAAAAGAGAAGCACCAGAACAAACUAGUAAUAUUCCUAUAGAGAUAAGAACCUGUAAUGUUUGUAGUAUGGUAUUUUCAAAUAAGAAACUGAUGAAAAGACAUUUAAUGAGUGUACAUACAGAUUCUAGACCAUAUAAAUGUGAAUUAUGUUUAAAAACAUAUAAAAGAUCAGAUCAUUUAAAAAAACAUAUAUUAACGCAUGAAGAUAAUAAAGUAAAAACAAAAUAUAAAUGUACAAUAUGUCAAAUUGAAUUUGAUACACAAAAAGAAUUAAAGGAACAUAAAAUACGACAUUAUCAAUGCCCAUAUGAAAAUUGUUCAUAUCAUUAUUCAACUAUUUCAAAUAUGAAAUAUCAUUUAAAUAAACAUAAAUGCAAUCUUUAUUAUUCAUGUCCAGUUUGUAAUGAACAAUUUUAUAUAUAUAAAGAAUUUAUACAACAUAAAAGAUCAUGUUUUAAAAAAAAAUAUGUAUGCCUACAAUGUAAUAAAAUAUAUUUACAUUCUAAUGGAUAUAAUAAGCAUAUUAAAAAAGUUCAUUUAAAGAUUUUUAAAAAUUAUAAAUGUACUAUAAAUAAUUGUUACAAAGAAUUUGCUUCAGAAUUUAGUUUAAAAGAACAUAUUAUUAAUUUUCAUCAUCAUGUUAAACGAUUUUUUUGUUCAGAAUGUAACAUAUCAUUUGGUUAUCGUAGUUCAUAUAGACGUCACAAUGUUAAUGUACAUUCAUGA